AUGAGUACAAUAUCCCCUCCACCAUUUAUAGGAAAUAUUAUUAACAAUUUUUCCGUCUCAGUUGUCAUAUAUCUGAUCUCAUCAUUUUAUAUUCAAUUAGGAUUCAAUGACGUAUUAAAUAAAAUCAAGCCGUACUCAUACUUUUUUAGACU